AGGCCAUUUGAUCAAUCACCACGAGGCGGCUCCUUUCGUCAGCCAACCACAACAGUCGUCGCGGGGUUGAAUCGUAUUAGCUGCUGAACGGUAAUUCACGGAGAAAUCUCUCUCUUCAUCAUGGCAUCUGGAGCUUUGUUUCCCAGCUUGGUUUCCGGUUCCCGUGGCUCCUCCAGUAAGUACCUGGUGGAGUUUCGGGCUGGUAAGAUGACGAUGAAAGGCAGCACAGUGACCCCUGAUAAGCGUAAAGGUCAGGUCUACAUCCAGCAGACUGAUGACUCCCUCAUACACUUCUGCUGGAAGGAUCGUACAACUGGCAACGUGGAUGAUGACCUGAUCAUUUUCCCUGAUGACUGCGAGUUCAAACGGGUCAGCCAGUGCACCACCGGGCGAGUUUAUGUGCUGAAAUUUAAAGCCGGCUCUAAACGACUCUUCUUCUGGAUGCAGGAACCAAAGAACGACAAAGAUGAUGAGUUCUGCCGUAAAGUGAACGAGUACCUGAACAACCCGCCCAUGCCCGGGGCGCUGGGCAGCGGUGGCAGCGGAGGACAUGAUCUGUCUGCUUUGGGAGGUGAGGGUGGCCUGCAAAGCCUUCUGGGAAACAUGAGCCACAACCAGCUCAUGCAGCUCAUUGGACCAACCGGACUAGGUGGUCUGGGGGCGCUGGCUGGUCCAGGAUUGGCUAACCUUCUGGGGAGCAGCAGCAGUAGCAGUGUUCCUCCCGUCAGCAGCUCCUCCACAAGUCCCUCCACAGCCGUCACACCGACCUCCACCGCCCCUGCCAGCCGACUCGGCUCCUCCCAGGUGCCCACCACUCCCAUCACCCCCUUAGCCACGUCUGCUGCCUCUCCCACAGCCACCACCCCCACAACCCCCGCCGCAUCCUCUCUAGCAGCAGCUGCAGCGGCUAACCCCACACAGCCCAUCCAGCUAAGGGACUUGCAGAGCAUCUUGGCUACCAUGAACGUUCCUGCCGGCAGUCAAGGAGUGGACCUUGCCAGCGUCCUAACCCCUGAGGUCAUGGCUCCCAUCCUGGCGAACCCAGAGGUGCAACAGAGGCUGAUGCCCUUCCUGCCAUCUGGAGAGUCUCUGCCUCAGAGCUCAGAUGAGCUUCACAACACACUCGGCUCGCCUCAGUUUCAGCAGGCUAUGAGCAUGUUCAGCAGUGCUCUGGCGUCCGGUCAGUUAGGACCUCUCAUGAACCAGUUCGGCUUGCCUGCAGAAGCUGUCGAAGCAGCCAACAAAGGAGAUGUGGAGGCUUUUGCCAAAGCCAUGGAGACGGACACAAAGCUGGACAUGGACGGUGGCUCCAAAGACAAGAAAGACGACGAUGAAGACAUGAGUUUAGAUUAGAUGUUCUCUGAAGACAAACACAUAUUUAUUUGUAUUAACCUGCUGCUGUUUUGCUUCUUUCACAUAUUCCUGAAGACAGACAUUAGUAGUCGAACCAGUGACUCGACUGAUCUUGUUAGGAUGUACUGAUUCUGCAUGUCAUUCUCACACCUCACCGAGGACAUAAUAAAGUCUUAAAAACAAA